UAGUACAGGUUGGAAGACACGGUGAAGUGAAGUAAAAAGCUUGUUCUGAAUUUCGCCAAAAAUCAUGUCUUCCAUUACCUAGUUUAUUUACAGCUAGGCUCAAAUUCCAUCCCCAGUGAAGAUAUGGAUGAACCAUCGAGGUAGUAUAAAAUGCCAUUUUGAUGGCAAAACAGGAUGGAUCAUAAUAAGUCGCCGGCAUGACGGAGUUUCCGACUCUGUGUGUGCUCAACUACGACCGGGAUGGAGCAGAGCAGCAGCGGUCGACCGCCGUGGGGCUACGGUUGCCAAGACCGCGUAAGCCGCGGCCGAGAUCGCGCACCCAUCCUCCUCGGGAGCUGGAGAGGGACGGGGCCGCGGCGGAAGCAAGGGAUCGUGAAGGGCUGGAGUUUUUAGCCAGGGGUGUGCAAGGGAGUGGAGAGUACGGGGCAAAGACUCAACUUAAUACAACUCCAUACCGUUACGGCUCUUCCAAAAGUUCCAGCCUUCAAGCCUCAAGGGACGACAACCAGUUGAACCCCAAGCAUUCCCACAGCUCCUACACCACCCCUGAGCUUCCCCAAUGCAUUCACAAUGGGCACCAUCGUAGUCUCUCGGAGCCGCCGCCUCGUGCCAGUGAGCGCGCUCACACAGCACCGACCUCGGCCUUCUCCUUGCCCGUGCUGCGACAAGGGGGAGCCGGGGACACCAGCCUGACGGUGAAUGCUGAGCUGUUGCAGGAUCCCAAAUGGAACGAGUACCUGAGCGCCUGGGUGUCGGGGGCACAGGUGGGAUCGCACGCCUUUGUGAGUUUCGUUGGAGCCAUGUCACUGAAAGACAGAGGACGGUACCAUUACAUGCGGCAAUUUGAGGAACUACCAGCCCUGCCCUGCCCCCGGUUCUUUGAGCACAUGCAUCGAAUACCGGCUCCCAAAUCCCUGUGGAAAGACAAGAAGAAGGACCUGAAGAAACCGGAAUUCUGGACUUGGAAAGGAAGGACAUCGCCCAAGAUUCCCAAACCCAGACCAGUUAGGAAAAGAGUUCAAGUGUGCAAUAGCCUACAAGCGGUCCAGAUAACACCGCCCUCUACUGUCCAGUGUCUGACAGUUGACAUUCCAACUUGCAGUCAGGACUCAGAGGGGAGUCUGGCGACCACUCCGACCUCUGACCUUUGCACUCUGUCUGACCCCACAUCCUCUGUGGGGGCGCCCUCUCCGGUCAGAACACCAGAGGAAGAGAAAACGGUACGCUGGCAAGUAGAAAAACCUCCCGAGCAACUUGCUUUGCCAGAAAUUGAGGAAUACAGUGAACCGAGUGACUAUGGCUCAAUAAGAUCGGGAAUGUCAAGUCCAGUCAGUGUAGGAUCCCAGCACACAGUGACCAGUGGCAUCGAGUCUCUGGAUACAGAGCCUGCCUUUGGCCAGUCUCACAGAAGAUUUCCACUCAAGCUACACAAGUUGGAAAAUCCCCCCAGGCCCCCGACGGCCGUGGACUGGGAUAAGCACAGCUACCUUGCCGGCUUUGAUGACAACGACAGUGAAAGUGAAGAAGAGGGAGACGAUGCUGACAGAAACCAUGGAAAUGAAAACGCAGAGGGCGCACCGAAUGUUAAUCAGAAGGACGUAACUAUGGGGCCGUUGGAGACGAGUAAAGUGGACCAGUCUAGCUACAUGUACAAUGAUCACAUUGCAGCACUGGAGCCUGUUGUUUAUGAGAGUUACUUGCCAUUGGACGAUCCCUUGGAAAUGAUGCGGUCACUGACGGUGCCUGGAUGUCAGCAGUCGGUGGUUGAGCCCUAUCCACUAGAGGAACCGUUACAGCCCGACGUCGCCGGUCUGGAUCGAAACGUCAUCCAGCGGUCAUCCAUCUUGACCAGGCCUGAACUGCCCAGUCCCCCGCCUCCUCCUCCCCCGAAAGAGCCCACUCCCCCUCCAACCCCACCACCGCCGCCCAAAGAGCCCACCCCACCACCUAAAACACCCACCCCACCCCCAAUCGAGAAACCCAAGAAGAAACCCUCCAAGCCCAAGCGACCCCCGAAGAAGGAAAAGGUCAAAGUCGUCAAGGCGGUGAAAGCACCAGUGAAACAACCCACGCCAACACCCAAGCCACAACCCAUGAUAGCUCCGCCCACGAGCCCAACACCCCCACCCCCUCCAGAACCGGAACCGGUGAAAAUCCCGACCCCAGAGCCCCCAAAACCCCAGAAGGUCAUCGAGCUGCCUCCUCUACCGCCUGUAGCAGAUCCUGAACCAGAAGUGGCAUCUGAAGUCAACGAAAGUGUCAACUCAAACUCACCAGAGCCUGAUGAUUUGGCUGACGAGCCCUCCGAGGCGUCCCCAGCCACCAGUCCCACCCCCGGCACACCGCCCCCUCCCCCUCUACCCAGCUCCCCUGCCGAGAGGGACAUGUCCUUCGCCCAGGAGCUGGAGCGGCAACGCCUGGCCGAAGAGCGCCACCGCAAGGCCAUGCUGAUGUACGACAAGCUGAGGGCCAAGCAACCCAUACCCACAGCUAGAAUGGAAGAGGCCGACAACAUGAAAGAAUACGGCUGGCUUGCCCAGUUCUGCAUUUUAAAACCAGAGAAGUUGAGGAUGUAUCAUAUGGCCUUUGACACGGUUGACGAGAACCACAAGGGGUGGCUGUCCUGCUUCGAUACUCUGAUUGCCCUGAAGGGAAUCACCGGUACCCAGAACCUGACAGAGAAAGAGGAAGAGUAUAUCUGCAGGAUUCUGGAGAUUGCUGAUUACAAUAUUUUGGAGGGGUCUGAUUUCCGUAUAUUCUCCGUCAUGGCAGGCCUAUCUCAAAAGCUUGCCUCUAUUGAUGCAUGGGUUCGCAAUCUCAUCCAGAAAAUUGACCUUCAGACGUUGGAUUGGAAGAUGUAUCGUGGCAAGGAGCUGUUUGAGUGGUGCAUGGACGAGUCCACCAAUCGUCUGUCCGUCUCGCGCCUGCUGAUCGAGCUGCGGGCGGGUGGCGUCAGCGACCUGCACCUUGAUGAAGUCCGAGACAAAUUUGGGGAAGACGGGACACUAGACCUGAUUGACUUCCUGACCUAUCUGCCCCUGUUUAUCAUGACGCACAAGUCUGUUGUGUGUAACCCACUGUGCGACGUCAGGGACAAGUGAUGUGUGGAGGGCUGAAGUACCCGUGGAGACGGUGCACAAGUAUGAGCUCCGUGCGCCACCGAAAGAGGGCGCCCUUUUACCUAGCGACAACGUCCCAUGGGCGGGACAUUUCGCUGGUUGACGCGUACCAUUCCUUGUGCACGUACACCAGGGGAUUUGUACUAUGUACAGGCAGUAGCCGCGCUUCGCAGAAAAUGAAUUGCAGUCAUGCAAGAUGGCGUCGGUCGGUCACCCCCAACUGUACUUCCUUUGCCGGUGAGGGGGUGCUUGUGAACGGAGCGGAUACUCCUUCAACCGUAACAAAGGGAAAGUUUGGGGAGACCACUGGAAGCAACCUCGUCCCCAGGGUGUCGAGCAGUACACGCCCACCACUACCUGCUCUAGCUCUCACCCUGGUAUUGGAUCAUUUGCAUGUGCAAGAUUUUUGAACACGUAUGCAAAUGAGGAAUAGUCUGGUCCCUGCAUUUGCGUUACAUUAGCAUUUGUUUUUGCAUACUGUGUCUGUAAAACAGCAUCAA